UUACCACGCACGGUUUAUUGCACCCCCUCCGCCAACCAUGCAGCGCACGCUCGCCCUGACCCUCGCACGGCACAUUGUACAGAGGAAAAAGGUCUAUUCGCUUAGAUUUCGACCAGCAGCAGCCAUGUCUACACUCCUCAUAAACGAGCCAAAAUACGCCUGGCUGAAGGAAUUGGGUCUGAACGAAGACAAUGACGGUGUUUACAACGGGACAUGGGGAGGCAAGGGUGAGGUCAUCACGUCAUACUGUCCAGCCAACAACGAGCCAAUUGCUAGAGUGCGACAGGCAACCUUGGAGGAGUACGAAGAGACUGUGAAGAAGGCUGCGGAGGCCUGGAAAGUCUGGGCUGAUAUUCCUGCUCCCAAGCGAGGUGAGAUCGUCAGGCAGAUCGGUGAUGCGUUGCGGCAGAAGAUCAAAGUCCUGGGCAGCUUGGUGUCGCUUGAGAUGGGCAAGAUCUACGUGGAGGGUGUCGGGGAGGUGCAGGAGUACGUUGACGUGUGUGACUACGCCGUGGGUCUGUCCCGCAUGAUCGGAGGUCCAGUGUUGCCCUCAGAGAGGCCGGGCCAUGCCCUCAUCGAGCAGUGGAACCCCGUGGGUCUGGUUGGCAUCAUCACAGCCUUUAACUUCCCCGUGGCCGUCUACGGCUGGAACAACGCCAUCGCCCUCAUCUGCGGCAACGUCUGCCUCUGGAAAGGCGCACCCACAACCCCUCUGACGAGUGUUGCUGUAACAAAGAUUGUAGCCGAGGUGCUGGAGAAGAACAAUCUCCCUGGUGCCAUCUGCUCCAUGACCUGUGGGGGCGCUGACAUCGGCACAGCGAUGGCUAAGGAUGAGCGAGUGGGUCUGGUGUCCUUCACCGGCAGUACACACGUGGGCAAGAUGGUCUCCCUCAUGGUGCAGGAGAGAUUCGGUCGUCAGCUGCUGGAGCUGGGUGGAAACAACGCCAUCAUAGUGUUUGAGGAUGCUGACCUGAGUCUGGUGGUACCCUCUGCCGUGUUUGCAUCUGUUGGCACAGCUGGCCAGAGAUGCACCACCACCAGGAGGCUGAUUCUGCAUGAGAGCAUCCAUGACACGGUGGUGGAGAGGGUAGCCAAAGCCUACAAGCAGGUUCGCAUCGGAGACCCCUGGGACCCCAGCACCUUGUAUGGGCCUCUGCACACCAAGCAGGCGGUGGACCAGUACCUGGCAGCCAUUGAGCAGGCCAAGCAGCAGGGAGGAACUGUGGUGACCGGAGGAAAGGUAAUGGAUCGUCCAGGUAACUACGUAGAGCCAACCAUCAUCACAGGGUUGGCUCACGACGCCCCCAUCGUCCACACCGAGACCUUCGUGCCCAUCCUCUACGUCCUCAAGUUCAAGACUGAAGAGGAGGCCUUCGCCUGGAACAACGAGGUCAAACAGGGACUCUCUAGCAGCAUCUUCACCAAGGAUAUGGGCAGGGUCUUCCGCUGGCUGGGGCCUAAAGGAUCUGACUGUGGCAUCGUGAACGUCAACAUUCCAACCAGCGGGGCUGAGAUCGGCGGAGCUUUUGGUGGCGAGAAACACACGGGAGGCGGCAGGGAGUCAGGAAGUGACUCUUGGAAGCAGUACAUGAGGAGAUCUACGUGCACAAUCAACUACAGUAAGGAUCUUCCUCUUGCACAAGGAAUCAAGUUCGAGUAACAUGCCAAUUUUAAGUGUUCGACUGGAACUUCAAUUGGAUGUUGACAGAACUCUCCGCUUGACCCAGCACUCCCCCCAGACAAGCAAAAAAAAAGAGCAACCACUCUUAACACAGACCUGCGGCAUGAACUUGCAGUUGAUAUGCCACUUGCCUUCAGAAUGAGAUUGAGGAUUUUUUUUGUCUUGUCCAGUCGUUUAUACUUUCUUUAGUUUUGUUCAGUUCUUAACGUUCCUUCUAAAAGCCAUUGGGAGGUAAAUAACAAUAUUGCGGUUAAUGUGUUUUGUCCUUUAUAAUAUAGUAAUACUAACAUGUCUAAAGAAAAGGGAAGCGUUUCUUUGUUUUGUAGAGAGAUGCUCUUGUUAGACAAGAAAGGUCAAUUGCAAUUGCUAGUGUGCACUCUUCCUCAAAGCACUUCGCCGACUAUGCUGCCUUCUACAAUCUAGUACUUUCUACAAUAAAUCAUGCCUUUAUUUUGAAAAAAAAAAAA